AUGGAUAAUUAUAACCCCGGCUAUAAUCCAUAUCCACCACCAGGCACGCAGAACCUUGCCCCGCAGUCCUCGAGUCAGCAGCAGAGUUCUGGUCAGCCGUCGCAACAGCAGCAGGCCAACCAGCAGCAAGCUCAGCAGCAGCAGCAGCAUCAGCAAGCUCAGCAGCAACACCAGCAGAACGGCUUGUCAUCCUUUGGCAACUUGCCCAACCACGCUCAACAAGCUCAGCACCAGCAGCCAAGCCAGUCAGCGUCGCACCCAACGCUGCCGCCGCUGCAGGGCCAGAAUGGCUAUCCGCAGUUUGGCAACAUGUCCUACGCGCAUCCAGGUAGUCAGUCGCACACGCCCACAACGCCGCGCACGCCCGCGCAGGCCACGAUGAGCGCUAACAGACCAGGCAACUACUCACAGCAUGUCUCGCCGACCACUUCCAAUGGUCCCGGAUCGAUGCUGCCGCCGUCAUUUCCCAACAACCCGUACAAUGCCAGCAGCCUGUCGCAGUCCAUGAUGUACCCGUCCUCGACCGCGACCUCGAUGCCGGGCACCAAUGCCCCGAUUGGUCUUCCAAACAUUCGACCAAUGCCACCUGGCGGCGUUACGGCUCCCAAUGGCCUACCGAGUCUCGGAGGCGCUGGCCAGCUUGGACAGAUGGGCCAACAGCCGUCAUUCAUGCAAAGCGAAGAGCAGCCCACACACGUCGUUGGUUCACAAGGUAGGCGUGGCAUCUUGCCGAGUGCGCCUGGCAGACCCAACCCACCUGCGCAAGGCAGUGCCCAAGCUACGAAGAGCAUGAUUCCGCAGAAAGAUGCAGAUGGAAAGUAUCCGUGUCCACACUGUAACAAAACAUACUUGCACGCGAAGCAUCUCAAGAGACAUCUUCUGAGACACACUGGCGAUCGUCCGUACAUGUGCCACUUGUGCAAGGACACCUUCAGCAGAAGUGACAUUCUGAAGCGUCACUUCCAGAAGUGCUCGUUACGCCGCGGCAAUCCUACCGGUGCUAAUCACCUGGCACACCAACGUCGUAACACAAACAAUGGCAAUCGAUUGUCUAUCGGUCAGCAGGAGGGACCCAUUGGCUUGGCAGGUAUGCAGCCAGUCGCGGGUCAGGAGGGCUUCAACGGCGGUGUCGUCAGUCACAGUCCGACUGUCAACGGCGACAUGUCUGCCCGCACAUCAAGGGCCAACAGCUUGAUCACACCUGGUACGAUGAGCCACCGCAACAGCUUAGCUGGCUUGGGAAUUUUAGGCUCUAACGCGCCCAACGCAGACCAGAUGAACCAGUCAUCUGCACCUUAUCAGCCAGGUAUGAAUGCCUAUGCUAUGCAGCAGAAUUCGGCCAACGGUACGCAGAUGCCCAACUAUUCGUACAGCCAGCCGCCGCCGCAGCUCAAUGGCUACAACAUCAAUAGCUCGCCAUACCCGCCGCAGCCGUCUUUUUUAGGUCAGCAGAGCUCGCGGUUCGACAACAGCCAGAACAACCAGCACCAGCAGAUGCCAAAUGGUGAUGGAAGCGGAGUCGACUGGACCCGCAUGUUCAAUCAAGGUGGCCAGGAUGGCUUUAUCGGCAGCCAUUCUGCGAACGCGAGCUCGCAAGGAAAUACUCUUAUCAAGACCGAGCCAGACGCAAAGCCUGCUUUUCAACCCGACUUCAACAACGACUCUUUUUUAGGUAGUCUCUACUCGCACCCAAGUGGUUUUGGGGGCGAGGACACAGAUGGCGGCAUCCCGGGCUUCCCAAGCUGGGGCAUGGACGAUCCAUUGCAGGCCAAGGUUGACAAUUUGAUGCAACACUGCUUCCCACACGGCACGGAAUCAAGCAAAGGCAACCUUUCAGCAGAGCUGAUGCAAAGCGCGCUGAAGGCCGAGAACAUCAAGCACUAUGCGGAGCACUACACUUCAUACCACGGACACUGGCCGAUCCUGCAUAUGCCGACCUUCAAGCUUGCCGAGGCGAACAAUAACCUCGUCCUGGCUAUCAUCUGCAUUGGUGCAGUGUACAGUCCUAAGCUUACUGUGCAUCAAACCCGACAAAUGAUGGAGUUCGUCAAGGCGACUGUAUUCAACAAUUGCAGCAUAUACAACCGGACGAUGCGCGGACAAACACAGGGUCUCGGAAAUCAGCCAUACGAGAUCGAGGAGCUGCAGGCGCUUUCCAUGCUGCAUAUCCUCUUCACGUGGCACGGUGAUCCAGCUCAGAGGCAAGCCGCACGUGCUGAGUUCCCGACGCUUGUCAGCAUUGCUAAAGCUAUGGACCUCUGCCAACAAGCUUCCCCGGGUCAUUACGCAUACAGCACCCUCCACGCAAGUCGAGCCCAGCAUGAUCAAUUCGCCGGCCAGUCCUGGCAGUGGCAAAGCUGGCUUGAGCAGGAAAAGCGAAACCGAAUCUUGUACCACUUGGUCGUAACGGACGCUGCCAUGGUCAUGUACUUUAACUGUGCUUCGAACUUCGAUGCGUUCGAGAUCCGGCUCAUGCUGCCAGCUGAUGAUGCCGCAUGGGAUGCAUCGAGUCCGCAAGACUGCGCCAACGCACUUGGUCUCAACGGUCCACAUGCGCAAGGCAGGAACAUGACCGGCACCCGCAAAGCCGUCCAGCCAUCAUUCCGCGAUGCCAUGCGGACUCUGAUGGAUCCGUACUCUGCUUUUCAACCAGGUUCAACCAAUGUGUACUCUAAGUUCCUGUUGGUACAUGCUCUGAUUGUCCGCAUCAUUGCAUGCCAGAAAGCACUCCUGCAAAAUGACCAGAACUUUCAGGGCUUCAAUCUCCAGCUACACGGCAGCACACCAGCAACUCCGCUCUCGCAAAACGACUGGCUCGAGCACAAUGGUGGCGGCAGCGGUAACGGGAGCGCAAACAAUAGUGGCCAUGGAACGCCCACCGGCAGCCUCAGUCCCAACAAUCAGAACGCUGCUGCACAUCAAGAGAAGAAGCGUGUCAGUCAAGCCCUCGAGAAGUGGAAGCGCAACUGGGACCACGAUAUGGAGUUGCAGUACCCGCCACAGCAAUCGUACCAGCGUCGCUUUGGCUUCAGCCGUGAUGGUGUCCACUUCUUCUACCUCGGUCGCAGCUUUCUGACUUCACAGCAAGCAACCGACUUCAACCUACCUGCCGAUGUGCGUUUCAAGAGAGUCAUGUCUCUGCUCAAGCGCAUAAAGGGCAUGGUAGUCGGCGACAACGAGACCAAGGGCCAAGAGAUCGGCUCUGUGGGCGACAUUGACGACCAGUACGGCAUGGACUCACUCACCCUCGACAUGAAACUCCUCUUCAAGCCCUACAACUCUCAACUCGAUAGCCCGGUAGCCGGCGUGCAAACCAACUGA